AUGGAUUUACUUCAGACAGUCAGGAAGGAAGGUAGCCGUGGCGGCCGCGCCGAGUUCAAGUGGGAAGAUGUCAAAGGCGAUGCGCAGCGCGAGAACUACCUGGGCCACUCGCUCAUGGCCCCCGUGGGUCGCUGGCAACAAGGCCGCGACUUGAACUGGUAUGCAAAGGGCGACGCCGAGUCCAAGGAAGCCGAGGCUGAGCGAAUCAAAGAGGAGAAGCGCAAGCUGAAGGAAGCCGAAGAAGACGCCAUGCUUGCUGCCAUGGGCCUGCCCGUUCCUGAGCGCGCCAAGGACAAUGCCAACCUGACGCCACUCGGACAGAAGGCACACGAGGCGGAUGUUGACGACGCUAUGAAAGCCAAGGCAAAAGAUGGCGAAGACGACGAGAGGUCGCGGAGGAAAGAAAAGAAGGAGAGGUCGCGGAGGCACAGAGAUGAUGAUCGCGAACCCGCUCACGGGACCGAGAGCGCCGUCACAGACAUCGGGAACGCUCGCGGUCACGCGACAGACGUCGAGACGAUGAUCGAGGUGACAGGCGCAGGCAUCGGUCGAGGAGUCGCGAACACAACCGACGAGAUGAUCGACCAGAGCGGCGGAGAGAGCGAGAUGCAGGCGACGUGCGAUCGCGUUCACACUCGAGGGACCGCCGACCAAGACGGAGAAGCCGGUCGCCAUAUGAGUCGAUUGAGACGAGGAGGGACUGAGCACGGGGUAUUUCUUCAACUGGAACGACUACCUCAACAUACAGACUGGACUUGGGCGUUACACGGCGAACAUAACAUCAGGUCAAUCAUAACAUUUGAGGCUACGAAGACAAUCUCCCUUUUUGAAACCGGUCAUACUUGUUCGUACUUCACAGUACCUGCACAUUACACAAGCCACGUUUCAUGUUGCUCCAGCAUAUCGUGCAACUGCAGUACACCGGUCUCUACAUCUUAUGGCUUUUCUCGUAGGAUUACGAGCAACAGCGCUAUCUGA